AUGUCAAGGCGUCGCACAUACACCAGUGAGGAGGCAUAUGCCUUCUUGGCAUCUUCCUCAGGCUCAGACAGUGGGAAAGAGUUGCUUUAUUUGCCCUCUUCUUCUUCCUCGUCCUCUACUGAUUCUGACGAGGAACCUCCCCGCUGCCAUCCUAGGCAUAGUACUGAGCCAGGUCCUAGUACCAGUACUGACCAAGGUCCUAGUGCCACCUCUGAGUGGGCUUUGGCUUCUAACUUUGUACCCCAUUUGCCUGAGUUUGUGGCGACUGCAGGCAUUCAUGUUGACACCACGGGGUUAAAAGAAGCGGAUUUUUUUCAGCUCUUCUUUUCAGAAGAGUUGAUAAGCAUGAUUGUGGAGGAAACAAACCGGUAUGGCGAGCAAUUUAUUGCGGCCCAUCCACAGGCAUAUCAUGCCAGGCCUUACCAGUGGAUGCCAACCAAUACACUCGAGCUCAAAAAAUUUUUAGCCCUUUUUUUUAACAUGGGCAUAAUUAAAAAGCCCACCAUUCGUUCAUAUUGGAGUAUGGAUUUGGUUUACCAUACUCCAUUAUACCAUUCUGUCAUGCCAAGGGCUCAUUUUGAAGUCCUCCUCAAAUUCUUGCAUUAUGCCAAUACUGAAAAUUGCGCACUCCCCAGUGAUCCAAAUUUUGAUCGUAUAUAUAAAAUUCUGCCCCUUAUUAACUAUUUGAACCAAACAUUUUCUAAAACUUACACCUCAGAAAAAGAGGUUGCAGUGGACGAGUCUCUUGUGCACUACAAGGGAAAGUUGCACUUUAGGCAAUACCUGCCUAACAAACGAGCCAGGUAUGGGGUAAAACUAUAUAAAUUGUGCGAAAGCGCAACCGGCUAUACGCACAAAUUCAGAGUCUAUGAGGGGAAAGACUCAGAAAUUGAUCCCCCAGAGUGUCCCCCUGUACUAAAAACCACAGAAAAAAUAGUAUGGGAUCUAGUUCACCCCCUUCUAGAUCAAGGGUAUAACAUCUACCUUGAUAAUUUUUAUACCAGCGUCCCAUUACUAAGAUGCCUGCUUGCCAAGGGUACUAAUGCCUGUGGUACCAUUAGGGAAAACCACAGGGAUCUGCCUAAAAUUUUUGUACGGCAAAAAUUGAAGAAGGGGGAAAGCAAGGCUGUGUGCAAGGACAACAUGAUGCUUGUAAAGUACCGGGACAAGCAUGACGUCCUUGUACUUACCACCAUACACCCAGACAGAUCCACCCCUGUCCAAGUCCGUGGUACCAUAGAUAGAGCCCCUAAACCUGUAUGUAUCCAGGACUAUAAUAAGUUCAUGGGAGGGGUGGAUCUGUCUGAUCAGGUCUUGCAGCCGUACACUGCCCUUCGCAAAACUCGGGCCUGGUAUAAGAAAUUGGCACUGCACCUCCUCCAAAUUGCUAUGUACAAUGCAUUUGUGCUGUACAAAUGUGCAGGAAAUACAGGCACAUACCUGCAAUUUCAAGAAAAUGUCAUCAAGACCUUUUUGUUUGGGGAUCAGGAGGGGGAGGGAAGCAGAGCCACAGGAUCCGAGAACAGAAUUGCACCAGGACAACAUUUUCCUGGGGUAGUUCCCUGUAGAGAAUAG